GUCCCCAGACGACACACCACACCAAACACACACACACACACAAGUGAACGAACGAACGAACGAACCCCCCAACCAAGCAAGAAAAUGUCGGACCAACACCACGCACCCACCUCGCGCUCCAAGCCUCCCCCUCCCGGCGAGGAGGAAGCCUCGGCGGUGCUCAAGCUGGGCGAGUUCCAGGACGUGGACACGCUCACCCUCUCAGAGGCUUCCCUCGUCAUCAACGCGCUCAUGACUAAGCGUCGCAAGGACCGCAAGGACCGCAACGAGACGGACGUGCUCAACAAGACGCUCGACUACCUGGACGCGUUUGCGCGCUUCAAGCAGAAGGAGAACGUGGAGGCCGUGGAGAGGUUGUUGAGCGCGCGUAAGGAGUUGACCAAGUUUGAGAGGGCGCAGAUUGGAUCACUCUGUUGCGAUAGUGCCGACGAGUGCAAGACGCUGAUCCCCUCCCUGGCGGACAAGAUCAAAGACGAGGACCUACAAGAAUUGCUGGAUGAGAUGGCCAAGCUCAUGAGCACCUAGGAGGGCACACCUGAGAGAGUCAUUAAUUAGUACAGCAAUUGGGAAAUGUGGGUUGGCUUGCUUUCUUUGUUCCUCUCCUCUGUUUCUAUCUGUUAAAAUGCUUCUUACGACACACUACAUAACUUCCUCGCUGGAAGAUGAUCGAACAGUGUGGGAAACCGGUAAGCUUGUUUUGAAAAAAGGACUUUCGGGCCACAAGCUGGAUCAUCGUCGUUGUCAGGACUGGUCACGG